AUGCUUGAAACAUUUUACCAUGUGAGAAAGAUAUAUUACAUGAUCAUUGCCGUUAUUGGUGUUCCUGUGAAUUUCGUGACGAUGGUGAUCCUGAGCCGGGGAAAGUGCGGCCUCUCCACCUGCACCACUCGCUACCUGGUGAUCAUGGCAACGGCGGAUCUACUUAUCAUCAUCUUUCAAGUCAUUCUAUGGCGGGUCAGUUAUUAUUAUUUCCCAGGGACUUUCCUGGAUAUCACCCCCGUACGCAGUGUGAUCUAUGCCCUGGAACUAUGUUCUGGCUGGUUUACCGUCACUUCUACGUUUGAUCGGUUUGUCGCCAUCUGUUACCAGAAGUUGAAAACGAAAUAUUGCACCGAAACUGCGGCUGUGGUUUUGACAACAACCGGCGUUCUGCUCUGUUUUACCAACGCGCCCUACUUCUUCAUAUAUCGUCCUGCGAAAGUGAUUGACAGUAUUCCAUGGGACUGUAUUCGAAAGCCGAGAUACUCUACGGAUCACGGAUGGGUGGGAUUUAGAUGGUUUUCUGCAGUUGUAACGCCGUUAAUCCCGUUGGUGUUAAUACUGCUGUUCAACUCUCGGACAGUCAGACACAUUUUAGUGACUAGUCGCGUCCGUGAGGGGCUGAGGGGUCAGAGCAAGGCGGAGAACCGCAGUGACCCAGAGAUGGAGAGCAGGAGGAGGUCUGUGAUCUCACUUCUCACCGCCUCCGGAAGCUUCAUCGUCCUGUGGUCGGUGAAUGUUGCCGAGUUUCUUUAUAACACCAUCGCCGGGUUGGAUCAAAAUAAUUACAACGAUUCUGAAUACAUAUUUCAACAAUUGGGAUACAUGCUGGUGAUAUUAAGUUGCUGCACAAACACGUUUAUUUAUGGGGUAACUCAGUCCAAGUUCAGAGAGCAGUUCAUCAGCGCAGCGAAAUAUCCGCUCAUGUCAAUUAUUGAGCUAAUUAAUAGACAAAAAAUUUAA